AAUAAUAUGCACGUUUUACAGCAUUUAGAUGCCGUCUGUUGAACGCCGGCGCAGUUACUCGCCGUGACGCUGCAAGCACACAACACCUUCCUUCCGGUGUGAACUUUGCCGUGGCGAUCCAUUCGUACACGCUACUAUACCACACCAGCGAUCGGCGCCCGGCAGUCACCGGCAGCUACAGCGAUAAUGUCUUUCCUGGACAUAGUGUCUAAGUUCAAUCAACAGGCCGUCGAGCACAAUCAGUCGCAAGCUCUGAACCCGUUUUCCGGACGGUACGAACAGUCCCGGUCGCCGUCUCCUAGAUUUUCCCGGGAGGAAUACGGAAAACCGAUUGCGGGUUCCAAGACAGAUCUUAGGGGUCGUAAAGCUAAAUCGCACAUAUGUCGUGAGAUCCUAGAGCUGUGCACAGUCAUUCACGACGUGGGUACGUACAACACAUCAAAAAAAGGAUCAGGCGACCAAAAUGAGUUCGACGACGGCACCAUAAUCAUUAGUUUUGGCGAAUUAUUCCAGAUCUACACUAAAAUAUCGGACAAGGUGGUGGGCCUGCUGAUCGCUGCCAAACGCCGGGGGUUCGUGUUCUUCGACCGUGAAAUAUUAUAUCAAAGGAGAGACGACGACGUGUUGAUCGCUCUACUAAAACCCAUCUCCGAAAUCAGUAAGGUACUAAAAGCCGACAUAGAACAAGCGAACACACUGCCCACAGCCGACGUCAACGCUAACGCGGUAAAUCCAAAGACUUCCGAAGAAGCGAAUAAAACACAUCACGUGACUUCCGUCAGCGAACGCAAGCAUGAUCCACAAAAAGAACCUAUUAAGCACAAUAUAGAAAAUGCGAUAAAGGUAAAUGGUGUACCCGACGAUGAGGUUAACAUUAACGGUGAAAAGCCGACCAUUGCUUCGGAGGCUGUCGAGAAUAAUGACGACGACGCAUGUGAUAAACUAGAUACUAAUGAUAAUGGAAUAGUUAAUUGGGAUGGCGAAAAAAAGGUGUCGGUUGUAGAGGAAAACGAAAGCGAGGAGACGAACGGCGAGGUCGAGUUUGGGGCCAGGAGAGAUCUUAUUGAGUUUAGAGCGCGUCAAGAAGAUCAAACGGAUGAAACAGCAGAUGACGAUGGAUUGGUUUUGGUAGAGAUUGAGAAAGACGCUGAUGAUGUACACGACAUAAUAAAAGAUUUUACCGAUAACAAUUUAAUGAACGAAAAGGUUGCUCAGACUGCUGAAUCAAAUGAGUCGUUAGAAUGCAACAGAGUACUCGACAUUGAGACGGUCGGAGAAGGAAUUAAUGAGUUACACGAGAUAGAUAAUGUAUCUGACGAUGGUGAUUCGGUUACAGAAGCCCAAGAGACCGAUGACGAAGCUGAGGAAAACAAGGCUGUCAAUUUUGAAAAAGUCGUAGCGACUGAAGAUGCGGCUGUCGAAUGUGUUGAAAACGAUGAGAUUAAGACGGAUGAAAGUGAUCAGAAAGGGGCUGAGUGUAAUUUAAUUGUCGAGGAAAACGUUGAGGUACCAGCGGAUAAAUUAAUUACUGAGGAAAACGCCGAAGAUCUGGACAAUACACCAGUUAGUGAGGAAAACGUCGAAAUUCUUGAAGAUAAACAAUUUGGCGAAGAAUUUGUUGAAGUUUUCGAGGAUAAAAGAAUUGGCGAUGAAAGUUUGAUAGAUGAAACACACGUUGAGGAUAGCAUUAAAGAUAAAUCUUACCAAAAUGCUGAAAAAGAAAAUACCGAUAUAGCAGGGGAAAGUAGUGAGGAUGACGUUUUAAUACUUAAAAUGUAUCAGGUGGUGAACGAAGUUGAAAAUAAAAACGAUACUCAGGAGGAACAUCAUGUUUUAGUGGAAACCGAUUCGUAGAAAAUACUCGGUUCAUAGGCAUUUUCUCAAUUAACUAUUCCAAACAUAAUAACUAUGUUAUGCCUAACGUUAUGUAUAUGUUAUUAUAUAAUUUAAAUUUGUUUCGUUAAUGAUUAAGACUACAUAAAUCAUAUUUAUAAACCAAAUAUCGCAUGUAAUGAAUAAUGCAUUAAUACUAUUUUUUUUUAAUUGUAUGUUUGUUAAUCGAUAAAAUGGUUUUCUAUUAUCAACCAGUAUAAUUAUGAAUAUUCUAUUUAUACGUAGUAAUAAUACUGUAUGCCGAUGUUAUCUUCAAAUUACCACCUUUUAAUUACACCAUUAUUAAUUGUAUAGUUUGAUUAACUUAACACUCAUUUAUUACUUCACCUGCACUUCAUAUCUUCAUCUCUUCUGUGUUUGUAAAUAGUUAGUCUACGCAUGUCUUUACUCUAUAUACUAUUAUUUUGUUACCCUUUUCUUGACGCUUUUCUAAAUUUAUAAGAAUGUAAUUUUUAUUGCUUAAAUUUCAGGGUGAAGUUCUACCAAUUCCAAUGGCCUUACAUGUCUAAGUAUAGCGAUUUUUGUUUAUUUUGAUACAUGUAUGAUGAUUAAAUUAAGUAUGUUAAGUACCCAUCACCACAUAGGUUGUGAUGAAAUAUUUUUGUGCACUUUUUUGUAGUUAUUUUAUUAUUUGUAUUGCUUUCAUUUUAUCACCUACUUUUUAAUUAUACACGAUAAAUAUUUUUCUUAAAGAGUUAAAUUUUUUUUAUCCAUAUAAAAAGAGUUGUGAUUUAACCUAGGUAAAAUUUCUAAUCAGUACUUCAUUAUUUAACUAUAUUAACUUGUCAUCAUUUAAUAUUUUUUUUUAGUGCAACUUAUUUUUUAUGAC